UGCAUGCAUACACAAAUCAUACACUAUGGCUUCUAUGUUGCAAUUCUUCCCUAUUCUAUAUUUACCCUUCAUUUUCAUCUACUGCACGGCAUUCAAAUCCAACCUCAAGCCGUACAUUGUGUAUUUGGGGAGUUCCUCGAAUGGCAAUGGAGGAGAAGACUUGUCUCAUUUGCAAUUGUUAUCAUCUUUGAUUCCAAGUGAAGAGAGCGACCGAAUAUCUUUAUUGCAAUCUUACAGUCAUGCUUUCAAGGGCUUUUCUGCCAUACUUACAGAGAAUGAAGCAUCUAGAUUAUCUGGUUAUGACAAGGUUGUGUCUGUAUUUCCUGAUCCGGUCCUGAAACUCCAUACUACACGUUCCUGGGAAUUUCUGGAAGCCGUAGACGAUAAAUUCAGAUCAAUCCACCCUUCGAACGAGCACAAAUCGUCUGAUAUCAUUAUUGGAGUUAUAGACACAGGCAUAUGGCCCGAGUCACCAAGUUUUAGUGAUGAAGGUAUUGGCAAGAUUCCAUCGAAGUGGAAAGGAGUUUGCAUGGAAGGUUCAAAUUUUAAGAAAUCCAAUUGUAAUAGGAAGUUAAUAGGAGCCAGAUUCUAUAACAAAAAUAGGAAGGGCUCGCCAAGAGAUAACAUUGGACAUGGAACACACGUUGCUUCAACAGCAGCCGGAGCACCGGUCGAUAAUGCCAGUUACUAUGGGCUAGCACUUGGUAUAGCCAGAGGUGGAUUGCCUUCUGCUAGAAUAGCAAGUUACCAGGCAUGCUUAACGGAUGGAUGUUCUGGUUCAGUUAUCUUAAAGGCCAUUGAUGAUGCCAUCAAAGAUGGAGUUGAUAUUAUUUCCAUUUCUCUAGGUAUAAGUUCGAUUAUGCAAUCGGAUUUUCUAAAUGAUCCUAUUGCCAUUGGAGCCUUCCAUGCGGAACAAAGGGGAAUCAUGGUAGUUUGUUCAGCUGGAAAUGGUGGACCCGAUCCUUAUUCCGUUGUUAAUACAGCUCCGUGGAUAUUUACUGUUUCAGCAUCGACUAUUGAUCGUAAUUUUCAGACGACUGUAGUGCUAGGAAAUAAUCAGUCCUAUGAGGGAACUGCAAUCAAUUUUUCUCCUCUUACUCAUGGGAAAGCAUAUCCUCUUGCAUUGGGAGAAAAAGUUGCCGCUAGUUUCACUCCAGCAUUUGAUGCCAGGAAUUGUAUCCCGGGAUCAAUAGAUCCAAAGAAAGCAGCAGGCAAAAUAAUAGUCUGUGUGAAUGAAGAUCCGAAUGUCUCAAAUAGGAUAAAGAAAUUAGUGGUGGAAGAUGCUAAAGCUAAAGGUUUGAUUAUAAUAGACACAGAAGGACAACUUUUACCAUUUGAUUCGGGCACCUAUCCAUCUGCAGUAAUUGGGGAAAGUACAGGCUCUCGAAUUCUCAGUUAUAUCAACUCAACUAAGAAACCUACUGCAACUAUACUUCCAACAAAAGUAGUUCCAAGGUUCAAGCCAGCCCCCGUUGUAGCACCUUUCUCUUCAAGAGGCCCCGGAGGUCUUACAGAAAAUAUCCUUAAGCCUGAUAUUAUGGCUCCUGGAGUAGCCAUUUUGGCAGCCAUCGUGCCAAAGAUAAUACCAGGUUAUAGUCCACCUGGGAAUAAGACUUCGUUGUUCAGCAUAAGAUCUGGAACUUCAAUGGCCUGCCCUCAUGUUACUGUGUGUAUCAAAACAUAA